AUGAACAAACAACUUGACCCGAUUGCCGUUUGCGGCAUGGCUCUUCGCUUACCAGGCGGGCUCAAAACACCUGCCCAGUUCUGGACGUUCCUCACCCAAAAGAAGGAUGCUCGUGCACGCAUCCCUUUCGAACGCUUCGAUGCUGAGGCUUUCCAUUCAAUUUCAGGAAAGUCUGGCUAUAUCAAUUCGCAAUAUGGCUACUUCCUGGAUGAAAGUGCUGAAGUGGGUGCUAUCGACAAUUCUUUGUUUCGUAUGUCCCAACAAGAAGCUCAACGCAUGGACCCCCAACAGAAGAUCCUUCUUCAACUUGCGCGGGAGUGCUUCGAAAGUGCCGGAGAAACCGAUUGGCAUGGAAAAAACUUUGGUACAUAUAUUGGAUCAUUUGGAGACGAUUGGGCGGAGAUGGCCAUGAAAGAUCCUUUGACAAAGAGCCCGUAUAAGGUCACCGGUUACGGGGACUUUAUGUUUGCAAACCGAAUAUCUUAUGAGUAUGAUCUCAAGGGCCCGAGUAUGACCAUACGAACAGGAUGCUCAGCAUCCCUUAUCGGAUUGCACGAAGCAUGCGUUGCCGUUCGAAGUGGAGACUGCAGCGCAGCUCUGGUUGGUGGGUGUAAUCUGCUCUGGAGUCCUGACAUGAUAUCCGACAUGGCAGAACAGGGCGUUCUCUCCCCCAACUCGUCCUGUCGAACAUUUGAUGCAGCUGCAGACGGUUACGCUCGCGGGGAAGCUGUCAACAUGAUUUACAUCAAGCCGCUGAGUGCUGCCAUCAAGGAUGGAAAUCCUAUCCGGGCCAUCAUCCGUGGCUCUGCUACCAAUGCCGAUGGAAAGACUGCCGGGUUAAGUCUUCCGAGUUCUUCGAGUCAAGAGCAGAUGAUUCGCAAGGCAUACCAGGCUGCCGGGAUCCUAGAGUCUGAAGUCACCCAAACCGCGUUCGUGGAGUGUCAUGGAACUUCCACUCCCACUGGCGACCCUAUUGAGACUUUAGCAGUUGGGAAUGUGUUUGGGAACAGUGGUGUGUAUAUUGGGUCAGUUAAGCCCAACGUGGGUCAUUCCGAGGGGGCUUCAGGAAUCACUUCCAUCAUUAAAGCAGUCCUGGCUUUGGAACAUCGUGUCAUACCACCAAACAUCAAGUUCGAAACCCCCAAUCCCAAGAUCCCGUUUUCCGAGAAGGAUCUCAGGGUUCCAGUCGAUUGUAUUGUAUGGCCCGAAGAUAAACGCGAGCGAAUUUCGGUCAACAGCUUUGGUAUUGGCGGUGCUAAUGCUCAUGUUAUCCUGGAGUCUGCUGCUGGGUACGCGUUGUCUCGAAAGAAUCGGUCCAUCAAUACUACGCGAAAUGGACCUUCACCUGUGGAGUCGGGGAGGUUGAUUCUCAUGACAGCAAACACACCAGAAUCACUGAAAACACAUGUACGAGACAUGCACUUAUAUGGCUUGACCAACAUUGAGAGUGUCGGAGACAUCUCUUAUACAUUGGCUUGCCGACGUCAGCACCUCACCCAUCGCGCCUUUGCGGUUGUGCAAGGCAUGUCCGUGGAUUCACACCCUGGUAUAUCUUUCACAGGAGCGUGCCAAUCAAGAUUGAUUAUGAUAUUCACCGGUCAAGGCGCGCAGUGGCCGCGUAUGGGUAUUGAGAUGCUAUGGUCCAACGCUGCAUUUGCGUCUUCCAUUGGAGCAAUGGACCGUGAGCUUGGAACGCUACCAACGCCGCCUUGUUGGAGCAUACAGGAAGAGUUGGAAAGAUGUGCUGCUUCCAGCCAAAUUAACGAACCUGCAAUUUCCCAGCCCCUGUGUACUGCUAUACAGGUUGCUCUCGUAGACGCUCUGGCUGACCUUGCAAUCAAACCCCAUUCUGUCCUUGGUCAUUCAUCCGGCGAGAUAGCUGCAGCGUAUGCGGCUGGCAGAAUAUCCCGCCGAGCAGCCAUAAUAAUCGCUUAUUAUCGCGGAAUCGCAUCGCAAACUGUCUUGCAAAGUGGUGCCAUGGCUGCAAUUGGCUUGAGCUGGGAUGAGGUCGCUGCAUACCUUCCACAUGGCGCUGUACUUGCAUGCAAUAACUCGCCGUCAAGCGUCACCAUUUCUGGUGAUGAGGCGGCUGUACAAGAGGCAAUGAAUGCUAUUCAAACCCACAAUCCCGGCGCUUUCGUGCGUAGGUUGAAGGUGAAUACCGCGUACCAUUCAUACCAUAUGCUCAAUAUUGGAGGCGAAUACGAAGGAAUGAUGGCAUCCGUUCUAGAAGACGAAGUUUCAAAGUUUCAAGGGUCUUUCAAGUCAGACUUUUACUCAAGCGUUACCGGAGGUUUGUUACCAGCUUCCGAGCGCGUUGAUGCCCGAUACUUUCGUCGCAACCUCGAAUCGCCGGUCCUUUUCUUGCAGGCUGUUAGUAGCCUUAUCGCCCACUCCAAAGACGCUUCAAACAGCGAUUCUUGCCUUCUUGAACUGGGUCCUCACAGGGCACUCUCAGGACCUCUCCAGCAGAUUUUGAUUCAAAACUCACUCAACUGGCCAUAUGCUUCGUGCCUUCACCGGGAAGAAAAUUCUGAAAGAACAUUCCUGACAGCACUGGGUAGGCUGUGGCAGCAUGGAGUAGACCUCGACCUACAUCGCUUAACGAAUCCGAACAAUGAUGCAAAAGUGCUUACAGACAUGCCGUUGUAUCCUUGGCACCAUGACGGAGUACAUAUGUUUCACAACCGCAUCGCCCAGGCCUGGCGAUAUCCAAGAUUCCCGCAUCACGAGCUUCUGGGAUCACUGAUUUUGGAGAAUACGGAAAGUCAACCAAGCUUCAGAAACUUACUCCAACUUGAACAUGUACCUUGGCUACGAGACCAUAAUAUCCAUGGCGAUGUAGUGCUGCCAUGCGCAGCAUAUGUCACUAUGGCUGGAGAGGCCAGUCGAAGAUUGCACACACCUGAUCAAGGCAGCGAGUUCCUUGGUUUCUGUGUCAAGAAUAUGGUCAUUGGUGCCGCAAUGAUCCUAGAAGAGAACAAACCAGUCGAAGUAAUAACCUCAAUGAGAAGAUGGCGCGUUACAAACGACCUGGAGAGUAAUGGGUGGGACUUUACAAUCUCAUCGUAUUCAGGAAUUGACUGGACCAAACACUGCUCGGGAUCCGUCGAGGCAAUCACUUCUUCACCGCCUUCUCUAUCAGUCACCAACGAUGUAUUUCCGCGGAAAACAGAUGCUGCCAAGUGGUAUCAAGCCAUGUGGCAUGUUGGAGCCAGAUAUGGUCCUUUCUUCCAAGGAUUGAAGGAUAUCGGAUGCACACCAAAGGAGCAGAUUGCAAAGGCCAUUGCUUGUGAUAACACCCCGACCGACUGUGAAUCACAUUACUUGGUCCAUCCAACAACAAUCGACAUCUUCUUUCAAACAACGGCCCUGGCCGCAUGCAAUGGGAAAGGACAUGCCAUCAAGAGAAUGAAUAUUCCUACAUUUAUCAAGCAGAUGGAGGUCUACGACUGCUCAGGAGACCUUCAAGUCCAUACUUCUGCACAGUAUCUAGCACAUGGGAAGAUUCAUGCCGGGGGUCAUGCUAUUGGUCCUGAUGGGUCUCUUGUCAUGAGACUGGAUACAAUCAAAUUGACUCCGCUAGAUGCAACAACUGAAGCUGAUGCUCAUGCUGGGGCUUUGGUAACAUGGGACUUGGAGCCUAGUCUCACAACCAUGUCAGCGUUAGUCAAGCAUGACACGAAAGCAGCAACAAACGGAUCAAUUUUGCAAGAGUUUACCUUCCUUCAUAUUCAAAAAGCACUAGGCCAAGUCCAAGAUAUAGAGCCUGCGUCAGAUACGUUGAGAAAGUUUGUAUCUUGGAUGAAGCGACAAUCAAUCCCCGAUACGUUGCGUUCGCUCGAAACUGUCACAUCAGAAGUUAAAAAUGGCCCAUCUUCAUCCAUUGCGCAUGCGAUAGAAAAGAUCACCGACAAUAUCGUAAAGCUCAUCAAAGAAGAAAUCUCUCCAUUGGAGCUUCUCAUGGCUGAUGAUUCAUUAACCAAGAUCUACCAGGACGCGAAGUCAACAGAUCGAGCGCCUUAUAUCAAGCUCCUUGGGCACCAGAAACCGAAUAUGAAGAUCCUAGAGAUCGGGGCUGGAACUGGUGGAACAACUCGCGAGUUCCUUUCAGCCUUGGUGAAUACUUCAGAUGGAGGAAAAUUGUGGUCCAGCUACACAUACACAGACAUUUCUGCUGGAUUCUUCAGCACCGCGAAAGAGAAAUUCAAGGACUUUCCUGCACUUGAUUUCAAGGUUCUGGAUAUCGCAAAAGACCCAAUCACCCAGGGGUUUCAGCGUCACAGCUAUGACCUUAUUAUCGCUACGAACGUCAUUCAUGCUGUCCCUAAUCUCCAAGAAGCUUUACGCAAUGUACAUGCCCUAUUACAACACGAUGGAACGUUUUACCUUGAGGAGCUUUGCACUGAUGUGAAAGGUAUCAACCUCACCAUGGGUAUCCUUCCUGGAUGGUGGCUAGGUGAGGCUGAUGGGCGUCUUGAUGAACCUUAUGUGCAACCCGAGAGGUGGGACCGCGAGCUCCGAAACGCGGGUUUCGCAGGGGUAGUCGAUCACAUGUUGGAUGCCCCUCGACCAUACCAGACCCACGCGUAUAUGAUAUCCCACCCUAGGGUUCAAGACGUCAUACCCAAACCAAUCACGCUACUUUUUGAUGACAGCACCGAACAUGCAGCCAGAGUUCUGGAAAUCGAAUUAUCUCAAAACGGCAUAUUCGACACAGCGCUCCAACAUUGGGACACGCUAGCAAAACUACCAAAACAAGACAUCAUAUGUCUGCUUGAUGUCAGCAAGCCAUUCUUCAUGGGAAUUGAAGCCGCCAAUUUUGAUAAGUUGCGCCACGUUCUGGUUCGAAUCUCGGAAUCCAGGGAUGGUAUUCUUUGGUUAACUCGCAGCUCCCAGCUUAGCUGCGAUCAUCCCCGCUGGGGCCAGACGCCUGGAGCCAUGCGCACCAUUCGAAAGGACGUGGAGACUGACAUAGCGAUAUGCGAGAUUGACCGGUUAAACGAUUCCAGUUGGAAGGCUGUUGCACAAAUUGCCCAAAAGUUUUCCCGUCGGCAUUUACUGGGACGAGACCUGGAGCUUGAAUAUUCGGUUGAGCAUGGCAGAGUAUACGUGCCACGCAUUUAUCCUUUGGACAUCAAUUCGGCGCUGUGCAAGCAGGUGACCUGUACACCGAUCACAGAGAAUACCCAACUGGAUCUAACGAUCGGGACGGCUGGCAGGCUUGAUACACUUCAAUGGGCCGCGCGUCCCUCUGUAGAGCCUGGAGAUAAUCAAGUUGUGGUCGAAAUCAUGGCCACUGGACUCAACUUCAGGGAUGUGCUGAUCGCUAUGGACCUCAUCGAACUUCCAAAUCAAGAGAUUGGGUUGGAAGCUGCAGGAGUGAUCCGAGCUGUUGGAUCAGCAGUAGAAGAUCUAAAGAUUGGCGACAGAGUUAUAGUCAUGGGUGGGGCAAGUUUGUUCACGACAGAGGCCCUCGUACCUAGCAUCAACUGUUGGACGUUUCCGAGCUCUCUCUCCUUCCAGGAAGCUGCCACCAUGGCUUGUGUACUCCUUACAUGCAUCUAUGGACUACUCGAAGUUGGUCAAAUGCGCAAUGGGCAAACCGUUCUGGUGCACUCAGCAUGUGGCGGCGUUGGUCUUGCCGCUAUCCAGUUGUGCCGGAUGAUUGGCACCACGAUAUAUUGCACAGUCAGCACAGAAGAGAAGACCAAGUACCUCGAGAAUGAGAUGGGCAUACCACGGCACCGUAUCUUCGACUCUCGCAGCCGAUCCUUCGUGGCAGAUGUUAUGCAUGCCACAAAUGGCACAGGGGUGGAUAUCGUGCUCAAUUCGCUCUCCGGUGAACUUCUUCACGCGUCUUGGGAAUGCGUGGCGGAGUUCGGAAAGAUGAUCGAAAUUGGGAAACGAGAUUUACUAGGAAACGGCCGCUUGUCUUUGAAUCCUUUUGUUGAAAACAGAAGCUAUCACGGAGUCGAUCUCGCUCAUCUUUGCGAUAGUCGACCGACUGAGCGGCGAAGGCUCUUGAAGAGGAUGAUUGAGUUUUAUGAGGAAGGUCACAUCAAGCCCAUCUCUCCUAUGAAGAUUUUUCAAAUGUCCGAGGUCGAGCAAUGCUUCAGAUAUAUGCAGCAGGGCAGGCAUAUGGGCAAAGUCGUCCUUUCUGUGGGAAACACAGGCGGUCAGCCAACCGAUUCACCAAACUUGGUUACGAUACAUCCUAAGCGAAAGGUUGCGUUUAACCCAGAGGCAGGUUAUCUGCUUGCUGGUGGACUUGGUGGCCUUGGUCGUAUCGUCGCAAAUUGGCUGGUUGAGAAUGGAGCGAGGCACCUGAUCUUCCUUUCUCGAUCUGCUGGGGAAAGAGAAACGGAUAAGGCAUUCUUCAAAGAACUCGAAAUUCAAGGAAGCAAAAUCACGGCAGUAAAAGGAAACGUCGCCAACACAAGAGACGUGGAGAAGGCUGUUGCAGCUGCGACCGCCCCUGUGCGUGGGAUAAUGAAUCUCUCCAUGGAGUUACAAGACAUGGGGUUUCAUCAUAUGACACAUGCCGCAUGGAGCGCAGCUAACGAUUCGAAACUUAAUGGCACAUGGAACUUGCACAACGUGUGCCUCUCAAGAGGCAUAACUCUCGACUUCUUCCUUCUCUUUAGCUCGAUCUCAGGUCUCUUCGGUGGCCCUGGUCAAGCCAAUUACGCGGCGGCAAACACUUUUCUCAAUUCAUUCGCACAGUUCCGGAAUUCUCUCGGCCUCAAUGCUUCGACCAUCGACAUUGGGCUAAUGUACGACCAUGGAUAUAUCGCAGAAAAUCCAUUGAUAUUGGAGCGCACACGAUUGCAAGGAGGCUUCGGUAUUCGCAUACCACAACUACUGGACGCGAUCACGCUGGCUCUCAUUACUCCCGCCACUAGGUCUGUAGAUGGGACAUCGCGAACGUGUAGAUCUUCAAUGAGCAUCGGUGUCAGAAGCCGAACGUCGUUGACUGACCCUUCAAACCGCGUAAUGUGGAAGGGUGACCAGCGCAUGGCAUACUACACGAACUUCGAUUCUUCUCGUGCUUCUUCAGCGUCGGAAUCUGGAGAAGACUCUCCCACUCGUGCCAUCAAAUAUUUUAUCAAUCAAGUCAUCGCUGAGCCAAUGAUUCUUACUCAAUCAGAUACCGCUACGUUCCUUGCGCGACAAAUUGCGAAAAAGAUCGCGAUUAUGCUUCUUCGGCCACUUGGGGACGAGGAUGAUAGUAAGAUCGACACCUCUCGUUCGCUACUAGAUGUUGGCUUGGACAGUCUAGUGUCUAUAGAGAUGCGAAGCUGGUGGAGAACAAUAUUUGGUACAGAGAUUACCAUUUUGCAGAUGCUCGGAGCCAAAAACUUGAUCGCGCUUGGUGAACGAGCGACAGAGGGGUUGAAAGCUAAGUACACAGAAAUCGAAGCGGCGUCCGUGGAUCCAUUGGGUACAUCAACGAUAACCACAUAG